AUGCGCGCUUUCGUCAUUGUUUUGCUGUUGAGCGUGAUAGCCUUUGCCGUGGCGGGUAGAUUGGGCGGCGGUGGCGGCGGAGGAGGCUGGCAAGGCGGAGGUGGCAAAGGUGGUGGCGGCGGAGGAUAUGGAGGUGGCAGCAGUGGCUAUGGAGGUGGUGGCAAAGGAGGUGGAGGCGGUGGAUAUGGAGGUGGCGGCAAAGGAGGUGGCGGUGGAUAUGGGGGUGGUAGCAGCGGCUAUGGAGGUGGCAGCAAAGGAGGUGGUAGCGGUGGAUAUGGUGGUGGUAGCAGUGGCUAUGGAGGUGGCAGCAAAGGAGGUGGUAGCGGUGGAUAUGGUGGUGGUAGCAGCGGCUAUGGAGGUGGCGGCAAAGGAGGUGGUGGCGGUGGAUAUGGUGGUGGUAGCAGCGGCUAUGGAGGUGGUGGCAAAGGAGGUGGAGGCGGUGGAUACAGUGGUGGUGGCGGUGGAUAUGGAGGUGGUGGCAAAGGUGGUGGCGGCUAUGGCGGUGGUGGAUAUGGCGGCGGCGGCGGUGGCGGCAAAAAGUGGUAA